AAGUAGUUUCUGUUUCAGUGUUUUUUUCCAUCUCCCUCUACAACCAAAAAGCUCAUAAAAUUUUUUAUUAUAUCUCAAGGAAUUCAUUUGGUUAAUUCUUUGUGACUUUUUUUUGUCAAAAUGGGUCUUCCUGAAAUAGUAGAUUUUGCUCGGAAUUUCUCUGUUUUGGCCAGAGUACAAGGCCCUGAUCCAAAGGGGCUGAAGAUGAGGAAACAUGCCUUUCAUCAAUACCAUUCUGGUAAAACGACACUGUCAGCUUCAGGGAUGCUAUUACCUGACACCCUUUACAACACUGAGGUGGCUAAGUGUAUCUGGGACAGUGAUGGUGAUCAGAAUUUGAUGUUAGUUAUGACAGUUGCUUCUGUCGUUGAGCCGUUUCUUACAAUUCAACAUAGAGGAAACCUUUCUCAGGGUCUACCCGAGUUGAUUUCCGGUGCUCAGAUUGAUAUUAUGGUUGAGGAAAAUAUGGGAGUGAAUUUGGAUAAAGGAGCUACUUGUUGGGUUGCUGCGCGAUUGCUGAAAAUGGUUGAUGUUCCUAGAUCAUCCCUUGCUCUUCAAUCCCUUGUUGAAGCUUCUUCAGGCUCACAGGAGCAUGGGUGGGAGUUUGGUUGGUCCUUGGCUUCAACUCAUCAGCCUUCAGUGGAUGGUAUUCAGACACAGAUCAAGUAUGAUAACAAAAUUUUGAUGGAGCGCCAGAGGCUACUGGUAGAGGAAUUGAGCAAUCCUAGUCUUAUGGCCAGGUCAACAACUAGAAUCGCUAUCCUUGGAGUUAACUUGUAUUUAAAUGACCUACCAAGUAUUGGGAUAUCACCUGUGAAUAAAAGGGGAGAAUUCCUUCUGGCAAUGGGAUCUCCGUUUGGCAUCCUCUCUCCUGUGCACUUCUUUAACAGCAUAUCAAUGGGAUCUGUUGCCAACUGCUAUCCACCUAAAUCAUCUGACAGAGCAUUGCUGAUGGCUGACAUUCGAUGUCUUCCUGGAAUGGAAGGUGGUCCUGUUUUUGGUGAUCAAAACACACUAGUUGGUAUCUUGAUUAGACCUUUGAGGCAUAAGAGCAGUGAUGCCGAGAUUCAGCUAGUGAUUCCGUGGGAAGCCAUUGCAAGUGCUUGCAGUGACUUGCUGCUGAAGGAGCCACAAAUUGCAGAAAAGGGGAUUCAUAUUAACAAGGGAAACUUAAAUGCUGUAGGGACUGGAUUAUUGUAUAACAGCAAUGGUUCAAAUGAACUCUGCUGUUACAAUCAUGAUCAUCCUAAUUCAUCGUGCCCUUCACUUUUACCAAUUGAGAAGGCAAUGACUUCUAUAUGUCUUAUUACCAUUGACGAUGGUGUAUGGGCAUCAGGUGUUGUGCUCAAUGAUCAAGGCCUAAUACUCACAAAUGCUCACCUUUUGGAACCAUGGCGAUUUGGGAAAACAACUGUAGGAACUGGGACGAGAACCAAGGUGCCAUUCUUCCUACCUGAAGAAUCUGCAUCUCCUAAGGGUAAAGGAUUUAACAGGUACCAGAAAGGUAGCAUGCCACCAUUUUCACUGAAGAUUGUCAAUUCUUCUGUGGUUGAUGAGCACAAAGGCAACAAGUUGAAGUCACUUUACCAUGGCCAUAGAAGUAUACGUGUUAGACUUGGUCAU